AUGAUGUCUUCUAUUGCAGGCCCUGCUGAAUACAAUCUGCCGGAUCUCACCACUUCCAAAAAGGGCCGCUUGGUCUCUCAUACAGAAAGAUUUGCCAACGCAUCUGAGGACAUUCAACUUGGACCCGGACAAUACACAGUAAAGUUUCAAUGUAUCCAUUCCUCCAAGCUUUUCCUUCUCAUUAGUACUCGAGGCACUGUGAUUUUCCAAUUUAGCAUAGUCUAA